AGUUUUUAUCAUUGGUGAAUAAACUAAACAUGAUAAGCUAGGAAAAAGAAGGUCUCGUAUUUGGCAUACAAAAAAGAAUAAAAAGUGGGUUAUUUGUCUCAGCCUUCUUUUUUUUUUAUUAUUUAUUUUUAUUUUUUAUUCUAACUAUUUUUAAUCAGGUAAAAGAAAGUCGUAUUGCCAUUCCUUUUCUCAAAAACAUGUCCUCAAGAAAGAACUCUUGCAAUUUUGACAUUAGUCAGUAUAUACCCAAACGAACGUCUUCCAAUGGAACCAACGUGGUUAAAAUGUUGGAGGCGUUUCAACCAACAUUAAAGCAAAGGAAUGAUUCAAUAUGUUCCAGCAGCUCUAGAAUUACUGUUUCCAACCCAGACAUAUUCUCUCGACUGUUGGGCAAGAGGCUAUCUUUGCCUACCACCUUAUCCCAAGAUAGAAGGAUUCAAGUUACUUUGGAUGCAGAUACUUUCAUCAGGCUAUGGAUCAAACACCUCAGCAACUCACUCGAUAUCAAAUUAGCUGUAUUGUACAAACUGGCUGUUCAUGCUGACCCAGACUAUUUUUUGUUUUACCACGAGAAUGGUAGACAGUCAACUAUUCCUUUAAAUGACGAUGAGCUGGUCUAUAUUUGUCAGAUAUCCGAUGAUAACCGCACCAACAGAGUACUCGUUGCGCCCAUAAAUGGUUUCAUGUUAGUUCCACGGCAAAGAGAUGAUUAUUCUGGAUCAAACUACUACGUUCUGAAAAGUACCGUAGUAGAUAGUCCUACGGAUACUCAAUUGAGUGAUCCAGACACUAUAUCUUUACCUUCCUCCACUGUCUCUUCUAAUGAAAUUUGGACUACUAGACCAUCUUCUUCUACCGUAUCCUCCAAUGAACUUUGGGCUAUUAAACCAUCAUCGUCAGCCUCUUCAAGACCCUCAUUGCCUUCAAGUGAACUCUGGGCUACAAAACCAUUAAUAUCUUCAAGUGAUCUUUGGGCGACAAAGCCAUCUUUACCAUCAUCUGACCUUUGGGCCACUGUGCCUUCCACAUUAACUGAAACAAGAAGACCCUCGGCUUCUGUAUUAUGGCCUGUAGAAGAUCAAACAAACAUCCCGGUGGAAGGUAUAUCUCUUUAUGAUCCUCCCACUCCCCAAAACGAUGGCCCAAUUAUGGAAUUCCCAACAAAUGAUACACUACCAUCCCCUGUUUCUGAUAAACCACAAACAUCCGAAUCAACGUCAGAAGAAGCAAUUGUUAUGUUUGGUGAAAGACCUUCAGUGGAAAAGCUCUACAGAGAUAUUGACAAAUAUUUACCUGGACACGACCUUGAUAAAGAAAUCCUUGUGGAGCCGGCACCACCAAUUACAGCCAUUUCUCCUGUGGUGUCAAGAAGGUUAUUGGGCCACAGACAAUCAGUCCGUGUGGUUGCCAAACAAGCACACCAGAGAUGGAGACAGGCAACGACCAAUGUCAUGAUGGUAAAUACAUUACUCAGAAGAAAGAGUACAAAAAUGUGGGAUAGACCUGUGGAACGUGUUAAGCCUGGUGAAGAAACUAUCAUUGUUGCUACAGAUACACUUACACCAACAAAGUUUCGAUGGAUGCGUGGUAACCUGAUUGGAAGAGGAUCAUUUGGUCGUGUCUAUCAUGCUCUCAAUAUUGCUGCUGGUGAAUGGAUUGCUGUCAAGCAACUUGAUAUGGCUGUAACUGCAUCCGAUCAUCGUAACCAAGAACUACAAGAUCGUUCCGAUGCAUUGUAUAGGGAAAUUCGCUUAUUGAAAGAUUUGGAUCAUGAAAAUAUUGUUCAAUACAUUGGUUAUGAUUCUGAUCUGAAGGAAGGACAUACAUACAUCUUUUUAGAAUAUGUUCCUGGUGGUAGUAUCAGUGGUCUGUUACAUCAAUACCAGUCCUUUGAUGAACCACUGGUAAAGUUCUUUACUCGACAAAUCCUUUGUGGUCUCGAAUAUUUACACGACAAGAAUAUUCUCCAUCGUGAUAUUAAAGGUGGUAAUGUCUUGAUUGAUUUAGACGGUGUCUGCAAAAUUACAGAUUUCGGCCUAUCCAAGAAUCAGAAACAAGGUGUUUAUGAUCCCGUCUCAGAUCACACAAACAUGAAGGGGACAAUCUUUUGGAUGGCUCCUGAAGUCCUGUCAGAAAAUUACAGCGCAAAGGUGGAUGUUUGGAGUCUUGGUUGUACAGUUUUAGAAAUGGUAACUGGUAGACAUCCGUGGACGGAAUUGACUACCUUGGCCGCCCUGUACCAAAUCGGUUCGCACAAGGCCCCAGAAAUACCUUCCCACCUUUCAGAUGAAGCCAAAGACUUUUUGCAGUUGUGCCUCAAGAUCAAACCCGAAGACAGGCCAACAGCAAGCGAACUAUUACAGCAUCCUUUUGUCCAGCCUGAUCCCACGUAUGACUUUAAAACAUCCUUAAAAAUGCAAAAGAAAAAAGAGGAGGUGCCAUACCCUACCAACUUUUAAUUUCCUAUACCACCAUCGCUAUCUUAUUACCAUUACUACUCUAUACAUAAAUAAAUAUACAAUACUGUCAUCAGUUCUGGGUUCGAUGAAAUGCGAUAAACACGAGCAUAUUAUCCCCGACUAUGUGUUUAAAAUGUCUUGAAAUUUAAUUUUGAAAAGCUUGGCAAGCUCUCGAUCUUCAUAACGUUUGCUGUCUUGCUUUCAUGUAACCUAUUAGAGGUUGCACAUAGCCAAAAGUAGCACAACAAACGCACGACUAGGCAUU